AUGAAUAUAAGGGAGAAAUUAUUGAAAGUUAAGUAAUCUACACCAUUGUAUAAAUUGUAAACACCUCAGGUUUUAUAAGAAGAGUACCUAAAUGCAAAUUCAAAAAAAUGGUUGACCAAAGGAAUUGAUAUAACAGAUUAUUUUAAUUAUGGAUUUAAUGAUGCCACUUUAAAAUUAUUCAUCUAAAAGCUGAACAAAUUAACUGAUCUCAAUUUAAGUAAGCUGCAAAAAGAAUAUACUGCUAGAAUUACUUAAUAAAAAGCUAUGGUUUUUAAGGAUAAUAUUCCAAUGGAUUAUGGAGGUCUUGGUAUAACUUCAGUGUCUGAAUGUCUUCCUGUAGAAGUAGAUUGUUCAAAGGAAUCUUUGAUUUUUUAAAGCAUUGAUUAUGAAGGUGAUUUGAUAUUUACUAAUGAAACAAUCCUUGAUAUAUUUAGACAUUACAAAUAGUAUUUAGAAUAACUAAUUACAAAUGGUGAUUAUUUUGAUUUUGAAGUAGUUAUGUAGUAUCCGAAAGAAGAAAAUAAAUGGUAAAAAGAAUUAGUAAAACUAUUAAAGAAGGAUAGUAAUUAAUUAGUAGAUGAUUUACCUGAUAAAAAAAGAAUUAAAAAUGAAAAAAAGAAAUCAAAAAAAGAAAAAAAAUAAAAAAAGGAGAAAAAAAAAAAGCAUAAAAAGAAAUAUUCUUCAGAUGAUUCAAUUUAGAUUGUUCCACAAUAAAUUGUAGUUAGAUAAGAUUCUCCAUCUAUAGAAUCUAAUAAAAUAGAAUGUGAAUUAUAAAUUGAUUCACUUUCAGAUCAUUUAAGUUAAUAGCCUCAAGAAGAAAUUUAACUUUCUUCCCCUUCUCCAAUUCCAGAAAUUCAAUAAUAAUAAAUACCACCACCAUUAACUUAAGAGCCUAUCAGAUAGAGAAAUCAUAAUUGGCCUAGAAAUUUAAUUCAUGGAAUUCUGUAAGGAAAUAAAAAUUAAUAAAAAAGAUGA